CCAUACCUCACCACGGUCCCGCUGAACCGCGACGGCGGCAUAACGCACUGGAUCUUGACCACCAAUGAUAACAACGGCAACGACAACGACGCCGAUGCUGGCAGCGGCCGGAGCCGCCGGCCUCUGCUCUCGUCGUGCGAGUCGUACAAGAAGAUCGUCCUCGUCGCGGACCCCGGGAGCGGGCAGGUCAGGGAGGAGAUCGGCCACGGCAUAGGCAGCGUGUUCACGAGCACAGAGUACCGUGGACGGUCGUACGCCUCGCGUAUGCUGGGGGAGGUCGGCACCAAGCUGGCGAACUGGGAUCUUUCGCCGUCAUACAAGCCAGCCCCUGGCAGUGGCAGCGGCAGCAGCGGCAGCAAAAAGGCGAUUUGCUCGGCGCUCUGGAGCGACAUUGGCAAGAAGUUCUACGCCAAGAAGGGCUGGAUCCCGUUUGCCAGCCAGCAUGUCGAGUUUGCGGCCUGCAAGGGAGAGCAGCACGGGGCUGCGGCCAAGCUGCCCUCGACGCCCAUCACAUAUGCCAACCUUGCCAAGUUCUGCGCGAUCGACGAGGCCGCCGUGCGGAGCAAGCUGGUCAAGACCGCGGCCGCCACGGGCAAGACGGCCAUGGCGUUUGCCCCGUCUCACGACCAGAUGCUCUGGCACUUGUACAGGGACUCGUACAUUGCGUCGAUCGUGCUUCCCGACCGCGACCCAAGUCUCGCGGCGGAUGUAGAUGGCCAACCGGGGAACGCUACUGCCGCCACAAACGGCACGACUGCCAAAGGCCGCGAGAGUCCUGCGUCCUCCUCCUCCUCCUCAAGUCCCUCGCGGCAGCCACGCAGCGGCGCCGCGCUCCGCAGACACCCCGGCGCCCCGGAGGCGAACGAGGUCAAGGGCAUCGCCGUGGGGCCAGAGGGCCGCCGGGUAUGGGCGAUCUGGACGCGCAACUACGCCACGCCAGCUGGGCCGGACGCACCGCAGAAGAACACGCUGUACAUCCUGCGGCUCGUGGUCGAGAACGAGGACGAAAUUGGCAAGGACGGAGAUGGGGAGGCGGCGGCGACGACGACGGAAGCCUUCCGGGCCGUGAUCCGCGCCGCGCAGGCGUUUGCCGCGGAAUGGGGUUGCGCCCACGUGGACCUGUGGAAUCCGACGGGCGUGGUGGCGCGACUGCUGCGGGACAGCGGGCUCGAGCACGAAGUGGUCGAGAGGGAGGAGGCGAGUAUCCCGAGUCUGAUGUGGUAUGGCGAGGGAACGAGAACGGAAGACGUGGUGUGGGUGAACAACGAGAAGUACUGCUGGUGCUAGAUCGGUUCGGCUUUUGCUGUGGGACGGGUAGAUCAAAUUUCGCUUAU